GCAGCGUUCCCGAGCCACAGAAGAGCCACUUAAGUGGAGCCGGAGUGGAGAACGGCGCGGGGCUGUAGCGGCGCUGUCAGGGAUGGCAACAGGCGGUCUCUGUGCUGUGUUUACUGGCACAACGCUGGAUCGGUGAAAGGGUGAAGACACUACCGUUUUUUAAGAAUUUAAGUAAAGAUUUUAGUUGUUGUUUUUUUAUCUUUUUUUUAAAGAGUUCCUGUUGAAGUUCUGCCUUUUAUCUUAUCUGUCUACUGCGUCUGAGGCGAGCAGAUGGCACACUACCAUAAUCUGCUUUCCUCUCAUGAGCCAUGUGCUUGAGUAGAGACAGCCUGUGUAAGUAUUCCAGAGGACCACAGCAGGCCCAAAUCCUAGCUAUCAUGUGAAGGCUUUGACCUCCUCCUGGACAUCGUACCAUUAAGCUGUGCUGCCUUACCCAAGGCGCUGAACUGCGAAAAAAAGGAGGGAAAAAUGUCGCCCCCGGCACGACCAUCAUUAUUUAUUUAACGUCGCUCCAUCAGGAGGCCUCUUUGCUGCUGAGGAUGUAUUGGCUCCACAGGCACAGAGGUACUGCGUUAUUACUGUACACCCUGGGCCUUUUUGUCCCCUUUGGGACCGUGGCCCCUCAGGGUUCUUUCCCCAGGCUGGAGAAUAUCGGGGCCUACAAAUCAGUCGGUGUAGCACCAGGCGGGGCCACGUGCGGCGUCCCGGGGCGCAGCGCCUUCUGCCAGGCCGGCCGGGCCGAGGAGGAUUUCCUAACCUGCUCCCAGCACUUCUGCAUCCAGGAGUGCCCGUACCGCUCCUCCACCCCGCGAUACGCCAACCUACUCGCCGCCCAUCCUGACGGGUGCCCGGCGGGCGACAGCCAGGAUCUCCGGCCAGGGGCAGAGGCUGGAUCCAGCAGCUUUGUGUUUCGAAACCAGAGCAGCUGCUUGGCUUCCCCCUCCUCUCCGAACCUGGGCCCGGCCGGCUCAUUUACCCUAACGGUUUGGCUGAAACUCGAGGAAGCCUCUGUAAUGACUGUGUUUGAGAAGAGUGCCAUGGACAAGUUGGUGCUUCUACUGACCAUCUCAGAGACUCAGAUCCAGUUCCACUACACCACUCAGACUGGACAGAUCUUCUCCAUAUUCAUGAGGACUGCAGGGCACAUCAGCCUCGGCCAGUGGACACACAUGGCACUGCAGGUACACGGCACAACUGUAAGCCUGUUCCUGAAUGGACAAGAGGAGGACAGCACAGCCCUGGAUACACAGACCCUCGAAGGCCCGAUCACCGACAUCACUUCAGACAGUGUCUUUUGGAUCGGACAGAGCUCCAACGGGUCCAAUCAAUUCAUCGGGAGAAUGCAGGAUUUCAGAUUUUAUCCCCAGACUUUAACCAACAGAGAAAUAGAGGAGGUCUUCUCUGGGCGACUCCCUCAGCUCCAUGUCCAGCCGUCCUGCCGCUGCCACCCCAGCCACCCCAGAGUGCACCCUCUAGUGGAGAGGUACUGCAUCCCCAACUCGGCCGAUGACACCACCAACAACCGUGUACUCCGCCUCAACGUGGACGCUCACCCGCUGCACUACAUCAACGACAAUGACAUCGGCACCAGCUGGGUCUCGUCCGUCCUCUCGACUGCGGAGAAACUGGACCAGGGAGUUACCAUUACCAUAGACCUGGAGAAUGGCCAGUACCAGGUUUUCUACGUGAUUCUCCAGUUCCAGAGUGCACAGCCCGAAAGCGUGCGGAUUCAAAGGAGAACCGGCGGCGGCUCCGGCUGGAGAGACUGGCAGUACCUGGCCAAGAACUGUAGCUUCUUUGGAAUGGAGGAUAACGGGCCUUUGGAGAAGCCCGACUCUGUCAACUGCCUCCAGUUUCCCAGUGAUGUCCCGUACUCUCGCGGUAACAUCACCUUCAGCAUGCUGACCCCCGAGCCUAACCUGCGGCCCGGCUACAACAACUUCUACAGCAGCACCACCCUGCAGGAGUUUGUGAGAGCCACGCAUGUGCGCAUCCAUCUUCAGGGCCAGUACCACACGCGGGGCGCCCACGUACCCUACCGCCAUCGCUAUUACGCCGUGGACGAGAUCACCAUCAGCGGCAGGUGCGAGUGCCACGGCCAUGCGGACAGCUGCGACACCGCCACUAACCCAUACCGCUGCCUCUGCCUUCCUGAGAGUCACACACACGGAACUAACUGUGAGCGUUGUGACCCCCUCUUCAAUGACAAGCCCUUCCGAUCAGGCGAUCAGGUGCAGGCAUACAACUGCCGUCCCUGCCAGUGCUAUGGCCAUGCCUUUUCCUGCCACUACAACGCCAGUAUGGACCCCUAUCCUUCCGAGCAUUUCCGUGGUGGAGGAGGAGUUUGUGACAACUGCACUCAUAAUACUUCAGGAAGGAACUGUGAGCGAUGCAGGAAUCUGUUCUACAGAGAAGUCGGCACGUCACUGUGGGCGGAGGACAUGUGUAAACCGUGUGAAUGUAACAGUGCUGGGACCGUCAAUGGCAGCCUGGACUGUGACCAGAUGGGGGGGCAGUGUAAGUGCAAGCGACGGGUGUCGGGCCGGCAGUGCAAUCAGUGCCAGCACGGAUUCUACCAGCUGCAGUCAGCGCUGCCCGACGGCUGCCGAGCCUGUAACUGCAAUGCCGCCGGGACGGCACCACCAGAUAUUACCUGUCACCAGGACUCAGGUCAAUGCCAGUGCAAGGCCAACGUAAUCGGUCUUUCUUGUGAUCGCUGCAACUACGGCUUCAAGUUCCUCAACAGCACGAACCCGGACGGCUGUGAGCCAUGCGGCUGCAACCCAGACGGCUCUCUGCACCAGUUCUGUAACCCCUUCAGCGGUCAGUGUGAGUGCCGGGUCGGUGUCCGCGGCCUCAAGUGUGACACCUGCGCCCCCGACACCUACGGCCUGAAGGGGGGUAGACCCUGUCUGCCCUGCGACUGCAGUCCUUUAGGGUCUGUUCCGGGUUUGCCUUGCGACCCUCUGACAGGCCAGUGUGUGUGCAGGCCGCACGUGGAGGGACGACGCUGUGGCGUGUGCCAGGAUGGUUACCACAGCCUGGGGGCAGGAGGGUCCCUGGGCUGCCUGCCGUGCCAGUGUGAGCGCAGGGGCACGCUGGAGGAGUUGUCCGCAUGUGAUAAGGUGACGGGGCAGUGCCGGUGUAAGAGCGGCACUGAGGGUCCGCGCUGUAACCGCUGCUCCCCUCACAUGUACUGGAUUGGCUCUGGUAAUUCUACACACGGGUGCCAGCCAUGCCUUUGUGAUCUUCUGGGCUCUGUGGCUGGAACGGCGUGCGACCCUGACAGCGGGCAGUGCAUGUGCCUGCCUACCCGGCACGGUCGAGAGUGUGGCAGCUGUAAGCCAGGUUAUUUCCAUUCGGAGGAAGGCCGCAGUGAAUGCGAGGCCUGUGACUGUCACCCUGUGGGAGCGGUGGGGCAAGUGUGUGCCACGGCCACAGGGCAGUGUGUGUGCUCCCACUCGUCAUUGGCUGGCCGCAGGUGUGAUCGAUGCCAGGACCUCUACUACGGUUUCAACCCUGAUACUGGCAGGUGUGAGCAGUGCGGCUGUGAUCCGGUGGGCGGGUUCAAUGGCUCCUGCUUGGCAGAGACGGGACAGUGCUUGUGUAAGCUGUUCGUGACGGGCGACAAGUGCGACUCCUGUGUGGAAGGAUCCAGCCACAUGGACCCCACCAACCACCUGGGCUGCAGCAAAGAGCCCAGACAGCAGCCUCCUCCAGUGGGCACUGUGCUCAGCGCCAGUGCCAUCGAGCUGAGCUGGAACGCCCCCGACUCGCCCAACAGCAACGCCCUCACCUACACCCUGCUCCGCAAUUCACAGAUCAUCCACAGCAGCUUCAGCUUGCAUCCUUUCGAACCUGUGCUGUUCACAGACUCAGGUCUUUCUCCAUACACCCUCUACACGUACCAGCUCCUCACCAGCAAUGUCCACGGCAACACCAGCAGCUCCAGCAUCAGCCUGCGGACCCUGGCCUCCAUCCCCGAACCCAACGAGCUCCAGCUCAGCCUGGUUGGUCGUGCCGGACCCACCAGCGCUUCCUUCAACUGGAGCGAGCCGCUGAACACCUCCGGGCCGGUGGAGCUGUAUACCCUGAGCUCUGUGGAAGAGCAGAGUGGAGAGGAGCUCCUUCACUACCAGGGUAUGCUUACAGAGGUCACAGUGGAUGGGCUACAACCCUUCACCCGCUACGUCUUCAGCCUGCAGGCCUGCACCAACGGCGGCUGUGCUCGCAGCGAUAACCUCACCCUGCUCACGGCGCAGAUCUCGCCCCAGCGGCAGCCGCCUCCACGCGUGGCCAUGCUCAGCUCCACCGAGCUGCAGGUGGACUGGGACCCACCAGACCUUCCGAAUGGUAUCAUCAUCAGGUACGAGCUCUUCAUGCAGGUUCUGAACGAGUCUAUGGAAAACGGGACCAGUGUUGGUGCAGAGCACAGGGUGUUCCUCAGCAGCGGGUGGUGGAACCCACAGCGGGCACUGGUCUCGGCCAAUGAAAACGCCCUGACUCCGCCUGAGAGCAGUGUGGUGGUGUCUGAUCUGGAGCCCUUCACUGUGUACCGCUUCAGAGUGCUCACGGUUAACAUGGCCGGCAGCACCAGUUCAGAGUGGACAGUGGGUCGUACUGGAGAGGGAGUGCCCGAGUACAUGAGCUCUCCUCGAGUGUCUCCAGUGUCCUCGUCCUCACUCCUAGUGAGCUGGGAGACACCGCGAGAGCAGGACGUCCGAGGCAGAGUGACCGAGUACAGGGUCAGCCUUCACAGAGAGCAAACCUCCAACCCGUACACCCCUCCUGUAGUCACACAGCUGCUGUACACAGCCUCAGCAGAGGAGCGGAGCUACACUGUGGUGGGACUGAAGCCCUACGAAGCAUACAGCUUCACGGUCACUGUGUGUAAUACUCAGGGUUGUGUGAGCAGCCAGCCGGCUUCCGCACGCACCAGGCCUUCUGCUCCUGCUGGUCUGAAGGCACCCAGGCUGAACCCGCUGAACACGACCGGAAUGGAGAUUUCCUGGGCCGCCCCGGCUGAGCUCAACGGCCCUCCGCCCGUGUACCAGGUGGAGAGGACGGACGUGUCCUUGUCUGAUGCUCAGGGCCAGGUGGUCAGAGGCAGACGCUUCACCGGGAUCGGAUACUUCCACUUUCCCAGUUCUACACUGCCCACCAACACUGACUUCACAGGUCUUCAGCUGAGCUUCCGUACACGAGCAGAGGACGGGCUGAUCCUGUGUGCUCUUUCUCCCGGUGAACAGGAAGAAUAUGUGGCGCUGCAGAUUCGUGGGGGCCGACCCUACUUCCUCUUUGACCCUCAGGCCUCGGCUGUGGCCCUCAGUCCACAAAACGAUGGAGGGAGGAGGUAUAACGACAACCAGUGGCACCGCCUGAUCGCUACCAGGAAGCAGGCCGUGGGAACAAUCAUUGUGGACGAUCAAUACACUGGCUCAGCAUCAGCCACCAGUGGGAGCACUAUUAUCGGGCAGAACACGGGUGUUUAUUUUGGGGGCCUUCCAGAGAACUUCACCAUUCACCGUCAAGACACUGGUCCAGCCAGACUGGUGCAGGAGGGGUUCGCAGGCUGUGUGAGGGAAGUUCUGGUGCAGAGGGCCACUAGCCCUGUGGAUGUAUGGGAGCCGUUAGACUGGGACUCGGCUCUGGAGGAACAUGGGACAUAUGGGGACUGGGAAGGCUGCCCUGAGGACUCUGAGCAUGGGGCCUACUUCCUGGGACAUGGAUUCCUCAAAAUGAAACCAGAUGUCUUUACUGGUGGAGAUCAUUUUGAAAUAUCGUUUGAUUUCAAAACAGAUCAGCUCAAUGCACUACUUCUGUUUGCCUACAACAGUAAUGGGGAGGAUUACAUUUUGGCGGAGCUGCAGGGUGGUAUCCUCUCCUGGGUGCUGCGGUGGGGAGAGCAGAGUGCAGAGCUGGCUGUGUGGGUGGGCCUGUCCUACUGUGACGGUGGCUGGAACAGCGCCACCAUGCUGAAGCGAGGCUCUGUUGCUGGAGCCGGUCUAAACGAGGCUCUGGAGCAGCAGAGGAGCCGGAGGGGAGGCCCACUCACCAUCAGCUCGCCACUUUACCUGGGCGGAGUCCCCGCUGAUCUACAGCACCCGGCCCUACAACGACACAGCCUGAGGCAUGGUUUUGGUGGCUGCAUCAGGGGUGUUCGAUUGGCGGCGCGUGGACCUGUCGUAAACUUGGCCGCAGCGUCCCGUGGCGCUGUCAGAGUCAAUCUGGAUGGAUGCCUGUCAGCUGACACCAGCGUUAACUGCCGGGGAAACGACUCCAUCCUGGUGUAUUCAGGGCGGGAGAGGAGCGCUGUGGACCUGACUCUGCAGCCCUUCACUGAGUAUUUAUACCGAGUGAUGGCUUCAGGAGAAGGAGGGUGGACAGCAGGACCGUGGCAGCGAGGACGAAGUCGAGAGACAGUUCCACAAAGUGUGCUGCCUCCCUCCAGAGUUGCCAGUGUAAAUGGCUCCAGCGUGGAGGUGAGCUGGGCGGAGCCGCCGGGGGUCAGAGGUGUAAUUGAGCGGUACGUGGUGAAGGCGUACAGCCGGGACCGUCCCUCGUCCCCCCCGAUCAGCGCCACCUUCCCCAACACGCAGCGGCUGGCGGGAACGUUAAGUGGCCUGGCUCCUUUUAGCAGCUACAGUAUUACCCUAACGGCGUGCACUCAGGCCGGCUGCGGGGAGAGCGAGCGCUCGGUCGGCCUCACCACUCCGCAAGAAGCUCCUGGGGAUGUUCCUCCUCCUCGUGCAGUUUCAUACCCCAGCUCUCUGUCAGUUUACUGGGAUCCUCCUCACAAACCCAACGGCAUCAUCACCCACUACACCCUCUACCACCACAGCAAGCUGAUCUACCAGGGCAACGACACCGCCUUCAACAUUACUGAUCUGGAUGUGUACACUCCACACAAGCUGCUGCUGAGCUCCUGCACGGAGGCUGGCUGCACCAACAGCUCCACAGUCACACUCUUCACUGGCCAGCUCCCCCCGUCCUACAUGGAGGCCCCCGUCCUAACCGUCCUGGACGCUCGCAGCAUCUACCUCCAGUGGGCCGCUCCGCUGGAGGUGAACGGGCUGCUGGAGUUCUACACGCUGUACCAGGCGGUUCCAGAAGAAGAGCCGGUGGUGGUCUACAACAGCUCCGAGCUCUUUCAGGAUCACACAGUGCGAGACCUCGUCCCCGGGGCCACCUACCUCUUCCACAUCGCUGCGUGCACGGCAGGCGGCUGCACCCUCAGUGCCCACAGCGUGGCACACACAGAGGAGAGCUCUCCGGAGGAGGUGCCCGCUCCGGACGUCCUGCACGUCUCCCCACACGCUCUUAACCUGUCCUGGGGUCCGCCGCGCCAACCCAACGGCAUAAUCAGCAGCUACGGCCUCUGGAUGAACGGCGCGUUGGUCCAGAACUCCUCUUCCACCAGCUUUGGGGUUAGCGGCCUGUCUCCCUGGAGUCUACACAGCUUCCGUGUGCAGGCGUGCACGGCUCAGGGCUGUGCUCUCGGGCCUUUGACGGAGGUCCGCACAUUAGAGAUGCCUCCAGUUGGCAGCGUGCCCCUGGAGGUGCUGAACGAGACCCCUCGGUCAGUGAGAAUGAAGUGGGAUUCCCCCGCCAAACCCAACGGCAACCUUACUUACUCUGCCCUUUUCACCGGAGCCUUCUACCAGCCGUCAGGUCAGAAUGGAAGUGGUGUGGAAGUGACGGAAGAGAUGGAAACUAGAACACAGUUCACUACGGGUAAAGCGGGUCACUGGGUUUCUAUUGGAGGCCUGCUGCCCUACUCCAACUACAGCGUCAGGGUCAGAGCCUGCAAUGGCCAGGGCUGUGUGGAGAGCGCCCCCACCAGUAUUACACUCCCUCCUGCAGCUCCAGAUGGCCUCUUGGCCCCGAGGCUGGCAGCUGCCACCCCCACCUCACUGCAGGUGGCCUGGCUCAGUCCUGCACGGCCCAACGCUCCCGGACCCCUGCACUACCGGCUCCAGAUGAAGACCCCGACCACCCAGGAAAUCCUGCAGCUGGUGGAUAACGAGACGACAGUGUUCAGUCAGUGGAUUGAGGGGUUGGAGCCGUUCACAGAGUACCAGUUCAGACUGCUGGUUUCCAACAGCCAUGGAGAGUCCAGCAGCUCCUGGCUCUCUCUAUAUACUGACCAAGAUCGCCCUGGAUCUGUUGACCCACCUGUACUGUUUGAGAUCCACUCCAGGAAUGCAACCAUCGCCUGGUCUCCUCCUUCACACCCAAAUGGUAUAAUCACCCACUAUAACAUCUACCAGAAUGGGCAACUGAGCACCACUGUGCCAGGAAACAGCACCAUGCUCACCCUCUCGGGUCUGGAUCCCUACUGGCAUUAUUCCAUCCAGGUGGAGGCCUGCACAGAGGCGGGCUGCACCCUAUCCUCCGACUCCCACACCAUCCACACACCUCCAGCCCCUCCAGAGGGCGUGGCACCCCCUCGACUCUACUCGGACACGCCCACCUCUGUGCUGUUGACCUGGGAUCCACCGCUGCGGGCCAACGGGGUGCUGGAGAAGUACACAGUAGAAAGACGAGCCGCCGGCACCGAGCAGAUCUCUACUGUGGCCACAGUGCUGCCCAACCACACGCUCACAUACCUGGACAGCUCAACCGCUCUCAGCCCCUGGGGCAGCUACGAGUACCGGGUGGUGGCCAGCACUGAGCAGGGGGGCUCUAACAGCAGCCAGUGGCAGAGAGUGACCACCCGACCUUCAAGACCUGCUGGACUGCAGCCACCUUACGUGCUGGUGUUGGGGCCAGAGUCGGUGCAGGUAACAUGGUCUGCACCUCUAAUAGCUAAUGGAGAGAUUGAGCGCUACGAGAUCCGCAUGCCGGACCCCCGCAUUCCUCACACGGACCCCUUCGACCUCAACCGCACCGUCACCAACCUGGUGCCAUACACCAACUACAGCGUUACCAUCCUGUCCUGCUCGGGCGGCGGAGGCUACGUAGGAGGCUGCACAGAAAGCUUACCCACAUCUGUCACUACAUUACCCACAAUUCCACAGGGUGUGGGUUCACUCUCAGUGGUGGCCAUCAGUGAGUCUUUCCUGGCUGUGUCGUGGCAGCCGCCGUCCAGGCCAAACGGGCCCAACAUACGGUACGAGCUGCUGAGACGGAAAACCCAGCAGCCCCUGGCCUCCAGUCCCCCCGAAGAUUUCAAUCGCUGGUUCCAUGUUUACGCAGGAGACAAAUUGUUCCACGAAGAUAAAGGCCUUAGCAGGUACACAUGGUAUGAAUACAAGCUGCUGGUACAUAACGAUGUGGGACAGGCUUCAGGAGAGAUGGCCACAGGGGUCACUCUAGCCGGACCACCCAUUGCUUCUGCCAACGUGUCUGCCCUCGUCCUCAACCACACUGCCAUUCUGUUUAACUGGACCACUCCCACUCUGCAGGACCUCCAGGGGAAAGCAGAGCUCUGUUUUCUCACAGUCAAUUCCUCUCAGGGAAGCCAGACGCUCAGCCUUGACCCUUCAGUGACCUCCAUACUGAUCUCUGACCUGCAGCCCAGCACUGAGUACACACUUGCUCUGACCGUGUCUAAUGGAGCUCACAACAUCACCAGCCCGGCCGUGACAUGCACCACCUCAGAUGGCGAGCCUGAAGGGGUCUUCCCCCCAGAAGUGGUGACCCUCAACAGCACCUCAGUACGGGUGUUGUGGGCAGCCCCUCUGGUUCCUAAUGGAGCUGUGACGCAGUACUCUAUCUACCUGGACGAGCAGCUGUACGCCUCCACCGAUAACACGUCAGGAUCUCUGGAGCUCGGGGGCCUCCUGCCUUUCACCGUGUAUGACAUUCAGGUGGAGGUGUGUACAGUGUACGCCUGUCUGAAGAGCAACAGCACCAAGGUGACCACAGUGGAGGAUACGCCAACUGAUAUAGCGCCCCCUCAUGUGCAGGUGCUCAGUUCCAGAUCUGUUAGGCUGGAGUGGACGUCUCCUGGCCAGCCCAAUGGAAUCAUGGGAGGAUAUGAUAUCCGGCGACGGGCCCUGAAACCAUGUGAGGAGCUGAAGGCCAAGCAGGCGGUUCUUCCCCAGACUCAGUGCUUGUAUCUGGAGUGUCCCGCACACCAGGACUUCUGUGGAAACUCCUGUUACGACCCAGAACUGCAGGUGUGCUGUGGAGAGACGCUGCAUGAAUUCAGAGAUCUGCAUGAGUGCUGUGGUGAGCUGUAUUUGCUGGUGGUGAAUGCUUCCUUCAGUGUUUGCUGUGGCGGACAGUUCCUCCAGCCUCUGCCUCAACAUCAGUGCUGUGGAGGAUACUAUGUUCCAGUCGGCCCAGGGGAGGUUUGCUGUCCGGACCCCGAUCAGCUGCGCGUGUCGGUGGGACUGGGUGAUUUGUGCUGUGGGGCGAUGCCCUUCUCCUCAGCGGGGGGUCAGAUCUGCUGCGGCGGGCUGCUUCACGACGGCUACAGCUCUCAGUGCUGCGGGGGGGAGCUGGUGGAGAAGGAUGUGGUAUGCUGUGGAGAUGCUGAGAGAGGAGUGGCACAUGCUCCUGCUCCAGGAAUGGCCUGUUGUGGAGAACACUACAUCAACACCUCCACCUCUUUGUGCUGUCGUGGUCCGGAGCUGAAGGCUAAGGUACAUGUGCUGGACAACAGGACAUCGGCUCAGAAGUGCUGCUGGAUGGAGCUGAUUCAGCAGGAGGAGGAGUGCUGUAACGGAGUGGCCUUUGACCUGCUAGAGUCCGUGUGUGCAGACAGAGCCCCAUAUAACCUCCUCAUUCAGGAAAAGUGUCGUCCCAGCAUGCUCUGUCCUGUAUCAGCCGCCUGGGGGGCGUACUGCGGCUUGUGUGAUUUUAACCCGACUCAAUUCAUCUGUACCUGGGUGCCAGGUGAGCCGGACCCAGCCACAGCCACGCCCACUCCCACCAGCUUACCUGACACCCAACCAGCAUCCUCUGCUGCUACACACGAGGGCCAACUCUGCCCAACUGCCGAGGAGCUCGUCUACAGUGGGAUGGCAAACAGAUAUAUAUUUACAGACACAGAGCUGGACCCCUACACUAACUACGAGUACAAAGUUGGGGCAUGGAACAGAUACGGCCGUGCCUUUAGCCCCACCUCCCGCAUCACCACAAAAGAGGAUGUUCCCCGAGGAGUCCCGCCCCCACGCUGGAGCAAGGUGGGGCUUCGCGAUGACAUCAUUCAACUGGACUGGUCCCCACCAUCCGAUCCCAAUGGUGGGAUCAGUCACUAUGUGAUUCUGCGUGAUGGACAGGAGCGAUACCGUGGAACUGAGCUGAGCUUUACUGAUGCUGGAGGCAUCCGGCCUUUCCAAGAGUAUACAUACCAACUGGGGGCUUGCACUUCAGCGGGCUGCACAGACUCCACCAAAGUGGUGGCAGUGACUGUCCAGGGGGUACCGGAGGGUCUCGCCGCUCCCUCAGUCAGGGCACUGGGCCCCACAGCACUGCACAUCAGCUGGGUGGCCCCGACCAAGCCCAACGGCAUCAUCCGCGAGUACUUCCUCAUUCAGAGUGGAGUGGGGGUCAUCCACACUUACACACAGGGGGAGAUGACCUACAACCUCACAGGGCUGCAGCCUCACACUAACUACAGCUUUGUGCUGAGGGCCUGCACUGCAGCCGGCUGUGGAGCAAGCCAGCCAUCUAUAGGCAGGACUCUGCAAGACGCUCCAGCAGGUGUGUGGGCAGUCCCCAGGUCUGUGUUGGUGAACAGCACUGCGGUGGAGCUGUACUGGAGCGGGCCGUCUGAGCAGAACGGUGUGCUGAGGCGGUACCGGCUCCUGCGGGACGGCGAGGUGGUCUUCACCAGUGGCCCACAGGAAGGAAACUACACAGACGCUGGCCUGACGCCCAACAGCAGGUACGUGUACGAGCUGGAAGCCAGCACUGAUGGUGGGAGCAGCCUUAGCAGCAAGUAUGUCAUCCAGACCCCCGUCUGCUCCCCAGAGAAGGUCCCUGCUCCGUAUAAUGUCAACGUCUCGGGUCCACGCUCCGUCUUUGUCGCCUGGUCACCCCCAGGUGUGUAUAACUCCAGUCUUCCUGUGGAGUAUAACCUGCUGCUGAACGCUGGAACAGAGCGGCCCCUGUUCCGUCCCGCUGGUCAGGACCGGUUUCUGCUGCUGAACGGACUGGACCCGUAUACAGUCUACCACAUCAGAGUACAGGCCUGCCAAACAGAGGGCUGUGGUGUAGGUCCUGGGGUCUCUGUCCGGACGUCUGAAGUAGCCCCCCAGGCUCUGGAUCCUCCUGAGCUCAGUGCAGCCGGAGCUGCAGUUAUAGAAGUGCGCUGGAUUCCUCCACACAAACCCAACGGCCUGAUCACCAUGUACUUCAUAUACAGACGGCCGUUAGGAACUCAGGAGGAGCUCCUGGUGUUUAUCUGGACCGAGGGUCCUCUGGAGUUCAUUGACGCGUCCGACUCCCUCCAGCCUUUCACUGAGUAUGAGUACAGAGUCACCGCCCACAACUCACAGGGCUCCAUCUCCAGCUCCUGGGCCUCCACCCUCACUCUAGAGGCGGAGCCACAGGGUAUGGGUGUGCCCAUAGCGUGGCCCACCAGUGCCUACUCAGUGCUGCUGAACUGGACCGAGCCCAGUAAGCCCAACGGACUGAUCUCCAAGUACAGAAUAGUGUACCAGAAACAGCCCAGAGACCCCACCCUCAACUCCACCCCUGUCACAGCGCUCACAGUGCCGGGUGAUGUGUUUCAGGCCCAUGUGUUUGGACUGGAACCAUACUCCACCUACAGUGUGCGGGUGGAGGCAGUGAACGAAGCGGGUGCAGUAUCCAGCCCCUGGGCCACAGUGCGCACUCUGCAGGCCUCACCCAGCGGCCUGGCCAACUUCAGCGUGGAGAAGAGGGAGAAUGGACGAGCUCUGCUGCUACACUGGCCUGAACCAGCGGCACCUAAUGGAGUCAUCAAGAUGUACAACAUUUUCAGUGAUGAUAAUCUGGAGUUCAGUGGUCUGUCACGUCAGUUCCUGUUUCGACGUUUGGAGCCAUACACCACGUACUCUCUGGUCCUGGAGGCUUGCACCGAGGCGGGCUGCACCAGGACCUCUCCCCAGCCUGUCACCACCGAGGAAGCACCCCCUUCCACCCAGCUGGCUCCUACAGUGCAGAACGUGGGUGCCCACAGUGUGGAGCUCCACUGGACUCCCCCUGGCCAGCCCAACGGCAGGAUCCUGCAGUACCAGAUCGUGGGUAUGAAUGUGGAGGAGAGCCGGAUCAGGAGUGAUGAGGACGAGACGGCGCGAGCUAAAGUCCUGUGUACGGAGAACGCCGUGGAGGCUAGUAGCUUCUCCUGCAACAUCUCUGGUCUGCAGCCGUGGAACAGGUACAGAUUCGGUGUGCGUGUUUCAAACGCUGCAGGUUCGACUGACAGCCCUUGGUUGACUGUUCAUACCAAACAAGCUCCUCCCAGCGGACUGCUUCCUCCAGUCCCCAGUCAUCUAGAGGGACGGCCUUACGAGCUGCUUGUGUCGUGGAGGCCUCCGCUGGAGCCCAAUGGAGUUCUUGUGAGCUACAGGAUUCAGCGGGACAAUGUUCCCUUUCAUUUCAGUUUUGACUCCAGUGUUUUAAACUACACUGAUGAAGAUUUGACUGCAUACACCAACUACAGCUACGCAGUUAUUGCGUGCACUAUAGCUGGCUGCAUCACCAGUCCGUCAACUACAGUAAGGACUUUAGAGGCAGCCCCUGCGACAGUAGAACCGCCUGUGGUGUCCAUCAUUACUGCUUAUUCCCUCAGUGCAGCAUGGACUGUACCAUCUUCUCAGAAUGGGGAAAUUUUAGAAUAUACUCUUCAGGUCAACAAAAAAGAGGUUUACCGUGGGAAGAAGCUGAAUGUGGAAGUGACGGAUUUACAGCCACACACACUUUAUCUCCUUAUCUUAACUGCCUGCACCAGUGGAGGCUGUACUGCCAGUCCAUCCACACCAGCUCAAACCAAAGAAGCGCCCCCUACUGGUAUGUUAGCCCCAACCCUAAAAGUCACAGGCCCUGAGUCAGUGGAGGUCACGUGGAAAGAGCCUAAUCACCCCAAUGGCGUAAUCAUGGGCUACGAGCUCUGCAGGGAUGGCCGUGUUAUCUAUGCUGGCACGGACACGCGCUACCACGACUUCACCCUGCUGCCCAGCGUCGAGUACAGCUACGUUGUCACGGCGAAUAACAGCCAGGGCACGGCCACCAGUCCCCCGGCCGUGGCUCGAACGCAGCCCUCGGCUCCGUCAGGGGUGGCCCCUCCGCAACUGCAGGCCUUAGGGCCAUUCAGUGUCAUGGCACAGUGGGACCCCCCGGCACGAGCCAACGGAGUCAUCAUCAGCUACUCUCUGUACAAGCGGGACCCCGCCGAGCCCAACGUGAAGAGGUUGAUCUUUGCACCGCAUCACAGUGCCUUCCAGAGCCGCAGCUUCUCCCUCACCGCUCUGAAGCCGUACUACAGGUAUGAAAUGAGAGUGGAGGCCUGCACACUGCUCGGCUGCGCCGCCAGUGACUGGGCCUCGGUUCAGACGCAGGAGGCGCCCCCCGCUGGCCAGUCCGCCCCACUGCUGGAGCUGCAGACUGACUCCGAGGGCAUGCAGACUGUGUUCCUGCUCUCCUGGGCUCCCCCAACUCAAUCCAACGGCAAGCUGCUGCAUUACGAGCUGUACCGGAGACCGGGCGAAGACACCGAGAGCCACUCUGCUCCCAUACUCGUCUACCGCAACACCUCCACCUCCCACCACGACCGCAAACUGCUGCCCUACACCGCCUACGAGUACCAGGUGUGGGCAGUAAACUCGGCGGGUCAUGCUCGCAGCUCCUGGGCUUUGGGCCGGACUGGACCGGCUCCUCCCGAAGGUGUGAGCCCACCCAAAUUCCUGCGCAUCCACGCCACCUCCGCUGUGGUGGACAUCAGCCCUCCUGCCAAGCCCAACGGCAUCGUCAGCCUCUACAGGGUGUUCACCCAGAACCAGGACACUCACCACCUGUUGUCAGAGGGGACGUCCCGCCAGCAAACUCUGCACGGUCUCCUGCCCUUCACUGUGUACUCUGUGGGGGUGGAGGCGUGUACCUGCUACCUGUGCUGCAGCCGAGGCCCCCUGAGCGAGCUGCGCACCCAGGCCUCCACCCCGUCUCAGCAGCCCCCGCCCCGCCCCGUUACCCUCACCUCCCGCUGGGCUCUGGUGGAGUGGGAUGAGCCUCUGCAGCCCAAUGGCAUCAUCGAAAGCUGUGAGCUGCUGGUGCGGAGUGCUUGCCCCCAGCCGCUGCAGCCCGUCCCCAUGCCCUGCUCUGUGGGGGCAGUUGAGACCAGGUUCUUUGGGAAGGGGCAGAUCCUCAACAUCACUAACCUUCUCCCUUACGCCAGCUACGAAGUCUGCGUUGUGUCUUAUAACAACAUAGGAAGCACAGCAUCUGACUGGGUCUCCAUCACCACCCUGAAAGAGCCUCCGCAGUAUAAGCAGCCGUUUGUGGUUCACAGUAACCUGACCACAGUGUAUGUGGACUGGACCCAGUCGUUCUAUCUGAACGGGCCUCUGAGGGACUACGCUCUGACCGAGAGCAGCCUGAGGCUCUACAGCGGCUUCCACAGCUACAUCUACAUCCCCCGCACCUCCGAUAAAACCUUUUCCUUCCAGGUUACCUGCAGCACAGAUAGUGGCAGUGCCAGUUCUCCUGUUAUAAAAUACAACACAGCCACUGGUGUAGAUGCUGUAGAGACUGCUUCAGGUGGUAAAACAGGGCUGUACGGCGCUGGAUACAGGUUCUACACUGAGCUGUGGUUCAUCCUCCUCAUGGCCUUCCUGGGACUGCUGUUGCUUGCUCUCCUGCUGGGCCUGAUUCUGCGCAGAGCCCUCAACAAACCCCCCUUCAUCAGGGAGAGACCACCGCUCCAGCCCCUUCAGAGGAGGAGCCCCAAGUACCCACCCAGCGACUCGUACCUGAGGCCGUGCUCUGAUCUGUGCUCUAACCAUGCUUCCACUGCUCUCCUGCAGUCAGAUAGAGGACUGGGUCUGGCUGACACUAAGAUCACUGGCCCCGGCUCCCGCAUCAGCAACCACAGCUACCAGACCACCAUGUCCGUACUGCGCGUUCCCAGCCAGACCCAGCUCAGCCACGCCUACUCCCAGAACUCCCUCCACCGCAGCGUCAGCCAGCUGCUGGACGCGGCCGAUAAGAAAUCUCUGGCUGGGCUGGCGUGGGACCCUGACCUGCAGGGCACUGACAGCGGCAUGUAUGUGGGAGAUGAGGAGUAUCCGGAAACGAUAAAGGGCUUCAGCUCUGUGAAGAAAGAGCAAACUAUGUUUACAGACACUCACCUCUAGAGCUCACUCUCACACUGUUUCACUCUCUCACGCCUUUACACAUGCUCAUCAGCAUCACAGUGCCACCAGGAAUCCCAGCAUCUCCUCUCUCCACCAGACUGCAGAUAAAGGGAACUGAUGGUUCUGGUUGUGUCCAGUACAGAAGCCCUUACUCUGCCGACUUUGGCCUCUAAACUUUACACACAGCGCACCCUUUAAAUUCUCUUUAAAAAACACAAAUCAUGGGAAUUUGUUUAUUUAAAUCUCCUGAGAACAGAAAUAUGAUAAAUCACUCUUCAAAAAUGACCAAAAUGCACUCUUAAGACAUCUCUAAGAACCAUGUGGGCAUGGUCAUAUUAUUUUCUAGUGAACCUGUAUGACAAUAUUUGUUUAUUUUACCAUUGCAACGCACACCUUGUCACAGAGAAGCAUAAUGUAUUGGUGAAUAUUUGGAUAUCUUGUAUGUAACUUACUAAGAGGCUCAGAGAAGCCAAAUUAACCCAAUUAGAAAGAAAAGUCACAUUUAGCUUCACAGGAACUUCCCAGAGAAAGAGAGAUGCAUUGGUAAUACAUCAGAUAAAUGCAUGAAUGUAUCGUGUCCUCCAGAACACAGGGCAACUACCUCUUUAACAAGCUCUCCAGCUCAGACUUCUGUUACUUACGUUACUACUUACGUUAUUUUAAACACUGUUUUCAUUGUGUGAUCAUGUUUCAUUCAGAUAUAAAAGGUUAAAUCUCAGUGUGGUAUUGAGGUUCCAGACAUGAUACUGUUACUGUUACUUUUUGCAGAAAUAAAUUAUUAAGAUGUGAAUAAAGUCAUUUAGAAUGGUUUGAAGCAAAACACUUAAUUCUACAAUGUAGAAUUCCCUACUUUGUGGUGGUGGUGGUUGUGGUCAGAUAAACCAGGCCUCCAAAGAAUAAGUGGCUUCCUUUCAGAAGGAAAUUACUUAGAUCAUUUUGCCUGAUGACAGAUACUUUGUUUUGUAUCUUUUGCCCUAAAACAUUUGUUGAAGAGCUACAUGCAGGACUUGUUUGUAAAAUAUAUAUUUUUAAUUUAAAUUACAUACAAUGGAAUCUGGUGUAAAUGUUCUCUCAGUUCCACUGGCAGAAAAACAGCUCCAUAGCGUGACACUACCACUACCAUGCUUAACAGUUGGCAUGUUUUUUGGGGUUAAUGCCACACUGGAAUGCCUCACAACCACCACCCUAAAAAAUUCUCUCAAUCUUAUGUUGAUUCCAGAGAUACCCUGCAGUAGAAUUUUUUUGUACAAAAGAUGAAAUUAAUUAAAUAAUUUAAAGCCUAUUAACGCCAUGGCACUUGAGUUUAUAAUGACUGUAUGCAGACAUCCAACCACAACUGUAUAAAAGCUAUGAAGACUUUUGACUGGAGUUUGUGAUGCAUUGUUUGUAACACAGUAGUAUGUGCUACUACUGUUUAAUGACAAACAUAGACCACUGAAGUCGUGCGUCAUUCUGUAGUCCUCGUACGGCUUCUGUGACUAAGCGUUUUUUCCCUAUGAGAAAGAUGAAUAAUGCUAGCUUUAAGCUAAUGCUACAGCGGAGUGAACUGACCUCCCAGCCUAGCUGCAGAGAUCAGCCGGGGACUAUUUUCGGCGCAACACCAGCGAACUCCGGCAGUAACUAUACAGAGUAUUAAACACAGCUGAGCCAACUAAUGAACUAGCUGCCCUUACUGAGGAGAGCUGAGAGCGUCACAGCAUAAAAUCACUAAAACAGGACAGUGAUAUUCCAGAACCAGCUGUAACACGUUUUAACAUUUACCCUCUUUAUUAUGCAGUGAAAUAAAUUGGUGUUUCUGGUUUGUUGUCGCCUCAGUGAGAGCAGGUAGUUAGUUGAUUAGUUAGUUGUUAGUUGAUUAUUUGGGUCAGAUGUUGUAAUUAAUAUAAACUAAUGACUGUAAUUAAAUACUAAACCUGCAGAGAAGCGCUGAUCCUGAACUGAGAGCCUUUUAAAGCUCUAACACAGACUACACUGUUCAACAUCACACUGCUCAACAUUACUGACAG